CUCUUCUCCAGUUUGAAAAACAAGAGUAAAGACAGAGGCCAAAGUAUCACUUACUACCAUUCCACCUGAGAGCCAGCUGGCCCCGCUAACUGGACUUCCUGAAUUAGGCAAACUUGCUGCCUCAAGGACAGUAGAAUUGUUCUCUGAAGGCAGCUAAAUCUCAGGAGGAAGGCUUAAGAACUACUCAGGCCCAACUAUUCUGUCAAAGUCUACCAGUCAGAUAAACUAUCUCCGGAGACCAGGAAACUAAGGGUGUGGGAAGAAGCCUAGAGUUACACUAACUGAGCUCCCCUGAUGUGAAGGACUCAUCGGGAUUGGGGAAGAAGCAUUUCCCACUCCCAAAGGGAGGGGUGUACAGUUUUAUGGAAUAUAUUUUGGGGUACGUAUCUAGACUGAGACCUGAAGGAUGAAUUGGGAGUUAUCCAAGGGGAGGAAUAUGAGUAAGAAGGUUCUACAUGGGAGAGUGGUCUGUGUGAAAAGCCAGGCUAAAGUGUAUAGGUAGAGAAUAGGGAGACAGGUGGGGAGACUAAUGAGCAGAAGCCACUGAGCAGCCAGUGGGCCACAUUGAAGAGUGAGAGCUUUGGCCUGAUAGCAUGGGAGUGAAGGUAAAAAUAGAGGCAUGUAGUCAAAUCUGGGUACUCCUCUCUCUGUGGUGGCCUCCCAUAGGGAAUGGCUGUGGAUGCAAAGAAACUCAAAGUCAAAUGAUACUUAAGAGGUAAAUUGAGAGGCCUUGGUGAUUGGUUGGUGGUGGGGUGAGGAAGGAAGAUUGGGCCAUAUUGAGGGGCUAUAAUACCAUCACAAUUGUGAGCAGGGAAGUAGUAAUCAGGUAAGACUUGACAUAGGGAGACUACAAGUCCAAACAAAAAUGAUAAGGAGUCUGUACUAAGGGCAGCAUUAGAGCUAUUUAGGAUAAAACAAACUGGACUUUGUGGUUUGGAUGUGCGGUAUGAGAUGAAGCCCAGAUUUCUGUCUUUGGCUCUUGAGCUAAGGGCCAUGCCAUUGAGAGAGGGCACUUACCAGGGGGAACUGGUUACAGGAAUGGAGAUGAGAACGUUAGUUCUGUCUGGGAGCAUUAGGAAAGGCCGAAGAACUCUUAGAACUACCUUUGAAUGAUGAAUGUUGAGUGAUGUGGGGAUUGAAUUGGUAGGAUAAGGAGGUAGGAAACAAUUUAUGUUUGGAGAACCCUGAGUAUUUUGUUUUCUUGAGUGCAGAUUUCAAGGGAGUAAAGCAGAGGGAAAAGAGGCUGGAGAGAUGGAUAAGAGCCAAGUGACAAGGAAUUGACAUGCUGCGUGAAGCAAAGGAAUCUGGAAUUUAUGCAGCUACCAGGGAGCCACAGAUCAAUCUUAAGUUUUUCAGUUAUGGAACAAAAAUACUGUAUCAAAACAAUGAAGCUUUUCAGUCUAAAUUCUUCCAACCCCUUCAAAAAGCCAUGCUACCACCUAAUAGUUUUCAAGGAAAAGUGGCGUUUCUUACUGGGGGAGGUACUGGCCUUGGUAAAGGAAUGACCACUUUUCUGUCCAGCCUGGGAGCUCAGUGUGUGAUAGCCAGCCGGAAGAUUGAUGUUUUAAAAGAGACUGCAGAACAAAUUUCUUCUCAAACUGGAAAUAAGGUUCAUGCGCUUCAGUGUGAUGUGAGGAAUCCUGAAAUGGUGCAAAACACUGUGUCAGAAUUGAUCAGAGUUGCAGGACAUCCUGAUAUUGUGAUAAACAAUGCGGCAGGGAAUUUUAUUUCUCCCACCGAAAGACUCUCUCCUAAUGCUUGGAAGACCAUAACUGACAUAGUUCUAAAUGGUACUGCCUAUGUGACACUAGAAAUUGGAAAGCAACUAAUUAAAGCACAGAAAGGAGCAGUAUUUCUUUCUAUUACAACCAUCUAUGCUGAAAGUGGGUCAGGUUUUGUAGUACCAAGUGCUUCUGCCAAAGCAGGAGUGGAAGCCAUGAGCAAGUCUCUUGCAGCUGAAUGGGGUAAAUAUGGACUGCGAUUUAAUGUGAUUCAACCAGGGCCUAUAAAAACAAAAGGUGCCUUUAGUCGUCUUGACCCAAUGGGAACACUUGAGAAGGAAAUGAUUGCUAGAAUUCCUUGUGGUCGGCUAGGAACUGUGGAAGAACUUGCAAAUCUUGCUGCUUACCUUUGCAGUGAUUAUGCUUCUUGGAUUAAUGGGGCAGUCAUUAGAUUUGAUGGUGGAGAGGAAGUUUUUAUUUCAGGGGAAUUCAACAGUCUGAGAAAGGUUACCAACGAGGAGUGGGACACAAUAGAAGGACUCAUCAGGAAGACAAAAGGCUCCUAAGACCACUCUUGCCUUCAUCUCGGUUAUGAGGGAAAUGCUAUAGUUUAUGAUAUUUUGAAUUAUUUUUAAGUCUAAUAAAUUGUUAAUCAACAAAUCAGGACUGAGUGUAUAUCAUGUGCCAGGCCAGUGGUAGGUAGAUAUUGUACAUUAACAGAUAUGUAAGAUGGGAUAUUUUCCCUUCAGAAUUUUUUUUAAUAAUUAAAAAAAAGGCAAGUAAGAGAAGGCUAUGGUAGAGGAAAAAUGCUUGGAAGUGCAGUGAAAGAAACAGAUAUUAUAGCCUGGAAAAAUCAGGAGAAUCUUAAUGGUUGAAGUAGCAUUUGAGUUAUGCAUUAAACAAUGCCUGUGAUGAUGGGGCCUUAAAAAAAGAAAGUGAUGGUAUACAGUAAAUUUAAUGGACUCUGAUUUAUUGGACUCUGCCUUUCCAUUAGAUUUCCUUUUCACUGGACUUGUGAAUUAUCUUCUUUAGAUAGCUCAAUAUUAAUUCAAACAAACUUUUUCCAGGACCUAUCUUAUAGUCCGCCAUUUUAUUUGGUACUGAGGAUACAACAUGAACCAUCUACAGCCUUUGCCUUCUUGAAACAUUAUCUAGAAGGGUAGAGAGACCUAUAAAUAAUUAUUUGUGGAUGCAAUGUGAUAAAUAUUAUUCCAGCAGUGUAAAAGUAUGGAGGAGGAAAUAAUUCAUUCUGUCUCAAAAAUGCAGAGAAAAUGACACCUAGGAGAUAGCAUUCCAUCUCAGCUUUAAAAGACGACUAGAUUUCGCUAGGUAGAAACGAUGAACAAGCUUAUAAAAUAUUUUUGUGUGUCAUUUCAUUUCAUUUCAUAAGUGGUUUGACUAAUUUGUCAUCCUGAGAAUCAAAUAAUAAACCCACAGUCUCAAAUGUAUAUAGCUGUAAUUUUGAGCUUAUAUUUAAAAAAGUCUAUUUUGUUUUCAAAGGAAUUACUCGUAAACAUGAUCUCUAUAAACUGACUGUCUCCAUUGCUCAAAUUACCAAGAGAAGGAACUAACUUCCAUCUUAGCUACUCUGAAUAGAUCGGCCAAGGAAUCUAGUUUUCCUGUUUGAAUAUAUAUGCUCUAAGUCCCACAUGGAAACACUUACCACAAUUCACAGUUAAUUGUGUACACAAUUUACAUUAAAUUGUGUACAUAAAUGGGUAACAUUAUAGAUUUGGAAUAAGUGGCCUUGACAUUCUCAAUCAUACUGAGCUUUUCUUCACACUCUCACAGUGCAGGCACAUUCUGCAUUUUAUCCUUAAUACUAACCCUCAUUUUCUUCUUGUCUGCCUACAUCUUCUUUUUCAAAUUAUUAAUACCUCUUAUAGUGUAGGGGAAAAAAAGAUGCCAGUAAGUAUGUAAAUGUGCUUGUAUAAGUUUCAUUGCUUUUUAUUUUCCUCCUUAUAAAAUUCAGGAUUUUAAUAUCUGCUUCCUGGGGUUCUCAUGAGGAAUAAGGGAGGUGAAAAAGUGAAAACACUGUAAAAUGUAAAAUGCACAAAUGAAAGGUGGGCCUUUCUGUCAUUCUAUCCCUUCACUUUAAGACUUGGUUAUUAUAGAAAACUUGAGAAUUGAGUAGAAAACAUUUAAGACUAACUUCCUAAAGAUGUUUCUGUUAAUACUUUGGUAUAUUUAUUUUCAGUCUUUGGCUUUUUUAUUUAAUUUUAUACUUUAUGAAGGUAACUUGUUUAUAUAAUUUGCACAGAAAGAGCAUCACCUUAAUUCUCCGAGCUCACUUUCCAUAUAGUAGGCUUUUCAGCUUUUUUGAGUUCAUUUCUGUUUUUUUUUCCCCCAGAAUAUACUCUUUCCCUCUACUAAAUCUACCCAUAAAACCAUAUCCUUAAUUUUGGUUCAAUUAAUAUUCAGUGUUUACAUUUUUUAUAACUUUAUAUUU